GCUGCCGUAACAACUUCAUUGCCCUCCAGGAUUAAUAAAGUCAUCUAAUAACUUUUGCUGAUUAAGGACGUCUGAGGAUAAGCAACAAUUAUAGUAUAAUGAUGAAUAUGAAAACAUAACAGUAGAGGAACAAUUCUUUUUUUAAUUUUAAAACUAAUAUUGCUUCUCAAGGAAAAUCUUAAAACUACAACACAUAUGCUGUUAACUGAAGGCCUUUUCCUGCAUGACAAAAAAAAAUCCAUUUUGCUGUGGAAGAACUGGUUUACAAAAAUCCCCAUCAAACACCUUUGGGAUGAUUUUGAAAACUGUCUGAAUUGGGCCUAUUUUGCAAACAUUAGUCUCCAACCUAAAUAAGUUCAUUUGGCUAAAGUGGAUCCAGUCUCUGCAGCUAUAUUCCAUCUUGUGGACAGACUUUCCAGGAACCCUUUGCGUAAUGCUACAGUCUCCAGCUUUCCAUUAAUCUGAGGAUCAUCCAUCCAUCCAUCCAUUCUUUAUACACCGCUUUAUCAUCACUAGGGUCGUGGGGGGUGCUGGAGCCUAUCCCAGCUGACUCGAGCAAAGGCAGGGGACACCCUGGACAGGUCACCAGUCUGUUGCAGGGCAAUCUGAGGAUCAAUAAACCCUAUUUAUAACAGAUGGAUGGCUGCCACUUUGCACUACAACAUGGGUGAGCAGCAGAACGCCCAGUAGACACUGUCAUCUGUCAUCAACUAUUUCCUCAGCAGCUUGUUGUGCUUGUGCAUGCAAUAACUUCUGUAGUUGAGAUUCUGAGUGGAAAGUUCAAUGUCACACUGUGUUUUAUGGACACAAUUCAAUGAUCCAAACACUGGGAGAGUCCAAAGGCCACAUACUUGCUGAUUAUGUACUCCACCUAUCUCGGUAUCAGACUGCACCUGUCUCUCUUUGAGUCUGACUCGCUGGUUCUCCGUCUCUGCUGGUACCACUGCUGUGUUUGAAGAUGAGUAAAGGGAAGGAGAUUGUUUUCGAUGUCGAGGAACAUUUCCAGGAAAGAGGGCCGACCAUCACUUUCAGCAACUUGCAGUACUGUGUUCAAGAGAAAAGGCUCUGCUGCAAAAUAGGUGCUGAAAAGUACAUCCUCAAAGAUGUCAGUGGCAUCAUGAAACCAGGGAUGAAUGCCAUCAUGGGGGCCACAGGAAGUGGCAAAACAUCACUACUGGAUGUGAUCGCAGGCAGAAAAGACCCGGCUGGUCUGCGCCAAGGAAUCGUCUUGGUGGAUGGAAAAUUUGUCACAUCUAAACUCAGGCUCAGCUCUGCCUAUGUGGUUCAGGAUGAUAUCGUGAUGGGCACUUUGAGCGUGAGGGAGAACCUUCUGUUCAGCGCCAACCUGCGUCUCAGCCGGAAACAUCACAGCUCUGACGAUAAAAACAAGAAAGUAGACGAGAUCAUACAAGAGUUGGGUCUCACAGACUGUGCUGACACAAAGAUAGGCACUGAGUUCCUGCGUGGUGUGUCAGGAGGAGAGAGGAAGAGGUGCAGCAUCGGGAUGGAGCUCAUCACUUCACCCUCGCUGCUGUUUCUGGACGAGCCGACCACAGGACUGGACUCUAACACUGCAAACAGCAUCAUGAAUCUACUGCACAAGCUGUCGAGACAAGGCAAGACUGUGAUCUUCUCCAUUCACCAGCCGCGAUACUCCAUCUUCAAGCAGUUUGACCACCUGACGCUGAUGCAUAAAGGCGAGGUGGUGUAUGCAGGAGCAGCAGGAAACGCUCUGGACUACUUCACAGGCCUCGGUUACCAGAUAGAGUCUUUCGACAAUCCUGCUGAUUUUUUCAUGGACAUCACAAAUGGAGAAGCAAAGUCAACUUUAAAAUCAUACAUUGAAGAGGAUGGUAAAAACAUGCUGGCAGUAAAGUAUCGGCAGUCCCAGCUGUACCAGAACGUGACUAUGGAGCUGAACCAUGUGAAUCAAAGCAUUGACGAAGGGGUCAGAGGUGAAGACAAGCCAGUCAGCUACGCUACGUCCUUCUUCUAUCAGUUGCGUGUGGUAUGUGGCAGGACGGUCUUGAACACCUUGAGGAAUCCUCAGACCUCCUACGCCCAGAUGGCUCUCAACAUCUUUUUUGCAAUUUUGGUGGGACUCAUUUAUUACCAGAUGCCCAAGACCCUGCCUGAGGCCCUCCAGAACAGGACUGGAGCAUUCUUUUUCCUUAUCAUCAACAUGGUGUUUGGGAACCUUUCAGCUGUUGAACUCUUUAUCAAAGAAAGGGCGAUCUUCAUUCAUGAGAAUGCCAGUUGCUAUUACCGUACCUCCGUUUACUUCCUGUCCAAGGUCUUUGCUGAUCUCAUCCCCAACCGCAUCGUCCCGAUUCUUGUGUUUUCAGCCAUCGCCUACUACAUGAUGGGUUUGAAGCCUGCCUUUACGUCCUUCUCCUGUUUUGCUCUGACUAUGUGUCUGGUCAGUUUGGCAGGAGUUGGUCUUGCUUUCCUCGUCUCAGCAAGUGCAUCUUCAUUCGCAAUGGCUAACAUCCUCAUUGCUCUGCCCUUCGUCUUCAUGAUGGUCUUUGGUGGUUUCCUUGUUAAUCUCAACUCCAUGCUGAGCUGGCUCUCUUGGCUGAAAUGGAUCAGUAUCUUCAAAUACGGAUUGGAUGCUACAUUCAUCAACGAGAUGAAAGGACAGGUGUUCUGGAUCGGCAAUGAAACUUACCUAGGGGAGAGGUACCUGGAGGAGCAGGGCAUCGACUACUCUGUGUGGGGCUUCUGGAAGAAUGAGGUGGCUCUGAUGGGAAUCAUACUCGUCUGCAUGUUCCUGUCCUAUGUGCAGCUGCGACGAAUCAACCGCUGGAAGUGAAGCCCAUCCAUUUCUGUAUCCAUCAGUAUUGAUCUUAUUUAUUUAACAAACAAAAAAGUACCUGCGAGCUAAUGUUUUAUAUGUUUGCACCACAUAAAGAUUUCUAAAUGUCAUUAAUUUAAAUUUAAAAUCUAAUAUUUGCUAAACAUUACACAUGGAGUCCCUCACUCACAGACACUCUCAUGUGGGAAACAAACACGUGUCGUAGCAUUUGACUCCCAGGUGGAUAAGCUGCUGAUAAGCACACUUGGUCUGUGCAUGUGGAAUGUCUAAUAACAGCCAAGCCGGUGUCUAAAUCCUUACAAAGCUACUUACAGUGAGUGAGACAACUUAAGCAGCAGGAAGGAAAAUACAGGGGGCAUGUCAAAUUAAAGGAAAAAUCUGAAAUAAAUGAGUGGAGACACAACACCAAAGGGCACUGCAUGGUACAGCUGAACGAUUACCAUCCAGUCCUGCUCUGUGGUUUGUAUAAAAAUGGCAAGAAGAAGGUUCAUUAUCGGGACACAGAUGGCAGGAGCUUCAGUAGCAAAGAUUGCUGUGUUUCAAUAGAAAAGACACUAAAUUUGAUUUUGUUUGGUUCAGAAAAAGUAACAAAUGCAUUUUCAUUUAUGGGAUGGACAUCAGUAAAUAAAACUGUGGUCGACAGCAUACAUUUGAUGACUGCAUUAGUGCAAUUUGUAAAGAAAAACAGAAGCGCAAGUCUUCCUCACGUGACUAAGAAUGUCAUUGACAAAUUGAGUUGCAAUGCAUAAAACCCUUAUCAUAAAGGUGAAUGCACGUCUGAGAGUGCAAAGACCAGAUAAAUUUGGUUAGAAAGUUCUUAACAAAUGGUUGAAUAGUUUACAGGCCUGAAUGCUGGAUCCCUACAGUCAUUGGAUCUGGUGGCUCUGUUGUACUGUGGGAGAGAUUUUAUUGACAUGAAUGCAGUCCACUUGUCUCCUUAGAGCAAAGGGUCACUGCAAAUCAAUGAUGAGAAGUCUCUACCCUGAUUGGAUGACAAUACCCCCAUCCAUAGGGCAUGAGGGUCACUGAAUAGUUUGAUAAAAAUGUAUAUCAUGUAUUAUCAUAGUCACCACAUCUCAACCUAAUGUAACAACUCGGGGAUGUUUUAGACAGCACUCUUAACCAUCAAGAAUGGGGCGAUGUUAGAGACUUGGCAAAAUAAGGAACAUUGAAGCAAUUCUGCUAGCCCUUUACAUUGGUUUUUCCUGUGAUAUGGCACCAAUCAAUAUUUACAAGAUCCACAUUUUACAGAUAAUCUUUUUUGUUUGAAAAACAGACUAUAUUUCCCCGUUUCCCAGGUGAAAAGUCACAAAGUCGGUGCAUUAAGCUACUCCUCUUUUUAUUAAUGCUGUAAAGAAAUAGUGAAAGAACUUCUUUAAAUUAAAGUGCAAUGUACCUUUUUUGUUAAAACUUAAUGUCUGUUUUACAAGAAUGCUGCUAAUAGCUUAUCAAAAUGAAGUACACUACCAUUCUGGGUCACCCAUGUGUUUUUCAUGAAAAGUCACAUUUUAAUUCAUGUGCAAACAUAAUUGCACAAGGGUUUUCUAACCAUCUAUUAGCCUUUCAGACUAUUAGCUAACACAAUGUACCAUUAGAACACAGGAGUGAUGGUUGCUUGAAAUGAGCCUCUGUAGCCCCCUAUGUAGAUUAUUCCAUUAAAAAUCAGCCAUUUCUAGCUCAAACAGUCAUUUACCACAUUAACAAUGUCUAGACUGUGUUUCUGAUUAAUUUAAUGUUAUCUUUAUUGAAAAAAAUGCUUUUGUUUCAAAAAUAAAGACAUUUUAAGUGACCCCAUUAUUUUGAACGAUAGUGUAUGGAUGUAAACUAAUUAGCUGUAUGCUGUAAAAUGCAGACAGAAAAGCAUUCAAGUUGGAUUAGUUUUGGAAAAUUCUACUCUGAUGUUAUCAGACUUACUGCACUCUUGUACCAGCCCUUUGUUGAAUGAAUGUGAUUAACAAUAAAAACCUGC